GUUUAUACUAUUGUACUCCUUUUUGUAUACAAUAUGUUUUUUUUAGUUGAAAAAAAAUAUGUUUAUUUUGUUCUAAAUGAAGAAACCACCAACUUGAAGUUUUUUUUGUAUGUAAACAGUAAACCCACGUAGUGUCUUCAACUCAAAAAAUUGGCAAUGUGGGUGGUGUACAAGUGUUUAAUUUGAACUUUGGGUCAGCCAAAGUUUUUAUUUGCUGAAAGACUUCCGGAAAAGACGUAACACAUUCUGUCCAAAUAACAUAUUCACAGAGUUGCCAUUGUCUCCUUUCAAUUGUUUUCACACGUGAGAAACUAUUUUCACCGACACAAAGUUUUCAUCCCCGUUAUUGUUUCUCUCUUUUCUCCAAAAACAACAAAAUAAUUAUUAUUUGUUUUUCAGAUCGUGAUCUGGUUAGCGUCUACUUAGCAAAUGAGACAUGAGACGGAGAACGGAAACGGAAGAGGCUCUUCAGAUCGUGAUCUGGUUAGCGUCUCCGGGAUCGGAUCCGCAAUGUUCUUCCGUGACCUUGAUUGCUUCUCUCAUGAUGAUUGGAGAUCCAUCCGAAGGGCUUGAACUUGCUUGGAUCGGCCAUUGAGGCGAGCCAUAGAGAAGCCAUGAUCUAUCGCUUUAAAGCGGAGAAGGCGGAAAAUGAUCCUGCUCGCAUGCGAGACGAGAUGUUGGCGCGAGAUGCUCAACUCGCUCGUGAUCAUGCCAGGGCUGUUCGUAGGGCGGAACGGAAGGGCAAGAGGGAAAUUGUCGAGGUGAUGAAGACUCGCGCCUCUCAAUUCCAGGUUGAGUACGGGAAUCUCAAGAACGCUUUCAACUCGCUGGGCGACUUCCGUGAGUGUCGCGGCUCAGUCGGGAGCCUUUGGAAGACGCGGGCGGAUGACUAUGUUUUCGAGAGGGAGAUGGAGUUAAUGAAGGGUGGCAUGAAGGAUCAUGCUCACGCUGAGAUGCUCAUUUCUUCGAUCGAUGGGAAGAUUCAGGGAUUCUGGGAUCCCAUCCCGGUUUCUCCUGAUACCGUAGAAACCACGACUGAUUUUGCCGGUGACGAUGAGGAAGUGAACUAUCCCGCAGAUGCAUUCAGAGCUUCCUUGUCCGGGAAUUUAAACUUUGAUCUGUGAGUGUUUGACGGGAAAAAGUUUUUCCCUUAUCUAGUAUUUUGCGGCCAAGUGUGGCCUUUGUUCAUAUAUGUCCGGCCGAGUGUGGCCUUCGAACUUUGUAUGGGCCUGUUUUGGCCGUUUUUAUUUUUAUCGAGACUGGCCGUUGGUGGCUUUGAACCCCUACCGCUAUCCGGUUUAUAUAAUGGAUGUCUGUUUGAGUUACCUUGUUUUGAGUGGGUUUGAAGUAAACAUGAGUUGUCUUCUCAUAUUUAACUUCGUUGAGGCGUUCAAUCUGUUAGUUUGUUCGUGAGUUUUGUCGUAGAAAUUAUUUAUUCUUACAGACUUUUCGGAAACGUCAAGAUAUGAACGGAGAGACAUGUUUUAGGAUCUCUUAUCAUUUAGAUAUCAUGUCUUGAGAUGUCUGAGACCAAUGCAAUGGGUUUAGGGUAAGACCUAGGUUUACUCUCGGUUUUAAAGUUUGUGCGGUGACUAGCCGGCUAUCGAUUUUCCUGUUGAGAUUUCUACCUGAUUCGUACCGUUUUAAAGUCCGUGAUAGGUUUUCGGCUUAUAUGACUUGUAUGGCAUGAACCGAGCAUCUUUCCAGAGACAAUUUUUAAGCCAACUGGAAGUGCUCGACCAAAAUUUCGGAUUUUUUUUUGUAGCGCGCUUUCGUCCUUAUGUUGGACGCUCGAAGAUCAAAAGAGUGAUCAAGUUGCGUUUGUUUAAGACGGCUGAUGUGUUCGUCGGGGCCAAUCGACGAAUGGAGUGUAAGGUUUUUGUGGUCGCCUUCAGACAAUUUGUUCGUUUCGUCUCGACUUUUAACUUGGCGACGUCUCGCAGUUAUUUCGAAGACUAUACGUAUAUUUUCAGUGCAGAAGAGAGAUUGUUUUGCGAUUUUGGGCCAUACGAGGCUACUGACAAGAGUAUUAACGUUUGUAGAUU